UGUAAAGUUGGCCAUAGGUAUGAAAUGAUCAAAUACAGAUAUAUCAUGACAUUCUCAUUUUCCAAUUCCUUCGAUCCGAUCAUCAUCUAUUCCUCUUCCCCAUUUCUCAAUAAUCAACAUCUCAUGCGUUCCCAUGGUGGAAACUACCUUCAGCUAGAAGAGAAAGAGAAAUCAAUUUCAUCUCCUCAACAACCAUCAGAAACAAGAGAAAGAAGAGAUGAGUAGUAAGUAUUUUGUGUGCUUCACAAUAUUCAUUUUAUUCAUCUUCGCAUCUAUCUUCUACAGUGGUCGUACCAUUGAUUACAGAUCAAAAUUUCUGCUUUUCACAUCCCUGCCACCGAGUAACGCUACGCCCUGCAGCAGCAGCGCUACUCAACUGCGGCGGCGGCCACUCAAUGUUUAUAUGUACGAUUUGGGGAUGAAGUAUAAUGUUGGAAUGUUGAAAGGCCCGCAUUACGAUGGUCCUCCAGUGACGAUCGAGACUCUGCCGGAGUUUCCGCAUUAUACUGGGUUAAGGAGACAACACACCGUGGAGUAUUGGAUGCUGGCUUCGUUGUUGUAUCCUGAAAAUGGGACGAGGCAGCAAGAGGCGGUUAGGGUUUUGAAUCCGGAUUCAGCUGAUGUGUUCUUUGUACCUUUUUUUUCUUCGUUGAGCUAUGAUACUUAUCAUAAUCAGGGGAAUGAGACAGAGUCGAAGUUUGAUGAUCAACUGCAGGCUGAAAUUGUUGACUUCUUACAAAAAUCUAAAUAUUGGAAGAGGUCUGCUGGUCGAGAUCAUGUGAUACCAAUGCAACAUCCAAAUGCUUUCAAACAUUACCGGGAUAAGGUAAAUGCUGCUAUCUUCGUCGUAGCAGAUUUUGGUCGGCCUUCUCCAUCUGUGUCUAAUUUGAGGAAAGAUGUUGUGGCCCCAUAUGGACAUGUGGUUGAAACUUUUGAAGCUGACGACUUCUCAGACCCAUAUGAUUCUCGCAGAACACUCCUUUUCUUCCGGGGGAAGACAAAGAGAAAAGCUGAAGGGAAAGACCGUAAGCAGCUGGAAAAGAUAUUAAGUGGUCAAAAGGAUGUUGUUUUUGAAGCAAAUGGAGUCGCAGAGGGAGGUGUAAAUGCAUCUACCAAGGGGAUGCGUUCGUCAAAGUUCUGUCUAGAUCCAGCAGGGGAUACCCCAUCAUCUUGCCGCCUUUUUGAUGCUAUAGUUAGUCAUUGUGUCCCUGUAAUUGUGAGUGACAAAAUUGAGCUACCUUAUGAAGAUGAAAUAGACUACAACAAGUUCUCUAUCUUCUUCUCACGCGAGGAGGCAAAGAAAGAAGGCUACAUACUUGAUCAGCUCAAGAGGAUUUCUAAAACAAAAUGGCUUGAAAUGUGGAGAUAUGUUAAGAACAUUACACAUCAUUUUGAGUAUCAGUACCCUCCGAAGAAUGGCGAUGCUGUAAGCAUGCUAUGGAGGCAAGUGGAGCACAAGCUUCCUGCUGUAAAACUUGCUGUACAUAGAAACAGGAGGCUUAAAGUGCCAGAUUGGUGGAGAUAGCUUUUGAAGCUUCAAUUAGGUGAUACUUGGGAGUGGUGUUUACACAAUACUUAAUAGUGUUAGAAUAGGAAUAGGAACAAGAACAAUAUAUAGAAUCAUAACUUUUUUACUGGAGGUCCAGAGAUCAAUUUCUACUGAAUACAUUUUUCCUUCUUUAUUUUUUCCC